AUGGCGGAAGAGAAGGCCGGUAAUGGCGAUGGUGGUAAUGAUGGUGCUCCAGAAGAGGAGGAGAAGAAGAUAGGUAUUGCCAAUGGUGAUGGUGGUGCUCCACAAGAGAAGGGGAAGAAGAAGAAGAAUGGAGAUCCACAGCUGUUGAUCUGCUUGCUUCAGCCUGCUCCCGCCGACUCCGAUCCCGACUACAUCGGCAUUCGUCGCCUUCUUCUCUCUCGCAAGCCCCAGUCUCCAUUUCAACGCCGCCUUGAUUGGAGAUGCAAUGGAAAAGGGUACGUUGCGUUUCGAAAUUACAUCCGGAGGCCGAGGAAUUGGGAAAAUAUGCAAACUCCGAGCCUCCAAACCACUCCCGGAAACAGUGGGCGAUGGAUUCCACCUCCAAGUCCACGGUCUCUUUUGUAUGAUGUCGAAAGCUGGAGCCCUGGCAGGGACGUCCAAAGUGGCAGUCAACCUUCGCCUCGCAGAAGUUUUGGCUCAAGUAAUAGUGAUAAUGACCGCCCACGUAAUCGUCGGGCUGAACCUGCAUACUCGUUUGUAGGAAUGCAUUGCAUCUUUGAUCAGUGCAAAGCCUCUGUUACGGUUUUGAAGUUUGGGCACAUGAGUUCUGAUCUGCUUGCAUAUGGAGCAUCAGACGGAACCUUGACAGUAUGCACUGUCUCUGAUCCACCAUCAGUCCUCAAGCAUCUGCUUGGUCACUCCAAAGAUGUUACAGACUUUGAUUUCUCAUCAAACAAUCAGUACAUUGCAUCCUCAUCAAUGGAUAAAACUGUGCGAGUAUGGGAGAUUUCAAAAGGCCUUUGCAUUCGAGUAAUAUAUGGAGUUUCUUCGCAACUGUGUAUUCGUUUUCACCCUGUAAAUAACAACUUCCUUUCAGUUGGCAAUGCAGACAAAGAAGUUACGGUUUUCAAUUUCAGCACAGGGAGGAUCAUUCAUAAAAUAUUUUUUGACAGUGAGGUUACUUCCAUGGACUAUGCUCACACUGGACAGCUCAUGUUCUGUGGGGAUGCGACGGGGUGUAUCUAUUCAGUAAGUAUGAAUUCUCACACAGGAGUAUUAUCCCGCUCUCAUCGCCAUCGAAGUAGCAUCAGGCGCAAAUCUCCAGUCACAACUGUGCAGUACCGAAGUUUUUCUCUGUUGGCUCGGGGCCCUGUGUUGCUGACAUGUACUCAAGAUGGAAGUUUGUCUUUCUUCAGUGUUGCUCUGGAAAUACAGGGUUAUUUGACUCUCCGCUGCUCACUCAAAUUAAAUCCACGGAUAUACAGCAUCCGGGCUUCUUUCUGCCCUCUGCUUUCUCUUGAAAAAGGAGAAUAUAUAGUUGCUGGAAGUGAGGAUUCAAAUGUGUAUUUCUAUGAUUUAACUCGGCCAAAGCAUACAUGUGUAAACAAGCUACAGGGUCAUCGAUUUCCGGUUAUCGGUGUUGCUUGGAACCAUGGAGAGAACUUGUUAGCAUCAUCCGAUUUCUAUGGUACGGUUAUUGUAUGGAAGAGAUCAAAGACAGGUUAA